AUGGCGGCUGGCAAAGCCAAGAAGAUGGCCAGGAGCCCGAAUAGCAAAGCUAAGCAGGCCAAGCCAGCUCAGUCGAGCUCGGCGACCGAGCAGCGACCUGACCAGAAUGAGGAGCUGGCCUUGGAUGAAGUUUUGGCCUUGGGUGGCACGCAGGAGGAUUAUGACUGGCUGUUGCAGGCUGGCUCAGCAGGCUCUGCUAGUGCAACCAACAAUGACCAGUCGUUCGACGCAAGCGAGGUCCAGAGCUUUUGGAAGAAUCUCGGCUUUGAUAAGCUGAAACCCCAAGACAGUGCUUUGCCCGACGCAGUUGCCGAGGCUGAAGAUGAGGUCCAAGAUGCUGCUAUGGACUCCGAUGAAGAGGAUGAGGAGGACGAUGAGGGUGACGCGGAGGACGAGCAAGAAGUCGGAACUGCAACGCGCAAGGGUGAUAACCCAGAGCACGCUGCGCUGCGUGCAGGGCUCAAUCAACUCUUGGCCAAGGGCCUCGCAGGCGCGGACGGCGACGAUGAGGAGGAAGAUGAAGAGGACGAUGAAGCCUUGGAUUUGGUGCUCAAGGAGGAGGAAGCUCCAGCUCCCGCCGUAGCCACCCAUCUCCAACGCGAUGACGCUAUGGAGGCCAAGUACGGCAGCAUUAAGCUGCUGCAGCCUCCCGCUCGCAAGGGUCUUAUCAUCGACGGUAUUGAGGCGUGGCACGCCAUUCUCGACAAGUCGGGCGCAGACGCACCUGAUGCCUUGCUGCAAACCACCAGCUCUACUACCUUCAUCCCACCCCACAUUCUCAAAGAGAUUCUGGCGUAUGCUCAGACUAUCAUGAAUAUGGAAUCAGCCACAGCCGAAGCUCGCGAGGGCAUGAAGCGCAACUCUGACUUGUCGUGGUUGAAGGAGGUCAUGACAUCGGGUACGCUUGCCGAUCGUCAAGCCGCGCUGGUGACCCGCAUCCAAGAGGACCCCGUGCACCACGUUCGCGAGUUGGACACGCUCAUGGGCAUGCUUGCCAAAAAGUCUCGACGCGAGGCUCUGUCCGCUGCUGAUUCGCUUUACGAGGCUUUCACGACAGCGCUACUUAUUCCAAACCGCAAGCUGGUGGCUGCCGAUCGCCGCCCCUGGUUUCAGCUGCUUGAACGCGGUCUGGGCUCGGGCAAGAGCUCGGGCAAGGGUGUGGACCGCAUCGUACUCCUGUGGUUUUUUGAGGACCUCAUCAAGCGCAAGUAUUUGACCUUUGUUCAGCGCCUCCAAGAUCUGGUCAACGACUCUCAGCUGCCCAUCCGUAGCAAGAUUCUGGGCAUGAUCUUUGAUCUCUUGCGCACGCACAGCGAGCAGGAGAAGAUUUUGCUCACCAGCUUGGUCUCCAAGUUGCAAGACGCCGAGCGCAAACUGGCCUCAAAGGCGGGCCAUUUUCUGCACUUGCUCAUGCAACAAUACCCGCUCAUGAAAUCUAUCGUGGCUCGGGAAGUCAAGGCUGUCCUGUUCAAGCCCAGCACAAAAGUUCGUGGCCAGUACUAUGCCAUGAACGUGCUUAAUCAGAUCGAGUUGAGCCGCAAGCAUGAUCAAAGCCUUGCCAACGAGCUCUUGGAUAUUUACUUCACAUUUUUCAAGGAGCGCUUUGCUAAACACGCCACCGGUAGCGAUGACGAGGAAGAUGACCAUAGUCGGCUUUUGGCAGCCCUGCUCACGGGCAUCAAUCGCGCCUACCCCUUCGGCAACCUGGACGCUGAGAAAAUUCAAUUCUAUGCAGACGACCUCUUCCGCAUGUGCCACGUGGGCUCCUUCAACUGCAGCAUCCAGGCCCUCAACCUGCUCUUCCAAUUUAUGGACUCACACCAAGCUGUGUCGGACCGUUUCUACCGUACACUUUAUGCAACCCUACUCGAUACGCGCUUGCCCAAGAGUUCGAAAAAGGCCAUGUACCUCAAUCUGCUCUUUCGCGCGCUCAAAAAUGACCCCAUGGUCUCACGACUCAAGGCGUUUGUCAAACGUUUGAUGCAAACGGCCAUGACUAUGAAUGCCGCAUUCAUGUCCUCGGCGCUGGUCAUCUUUGCUGCGCUUGUCAAGGAAAAGCCAUCGCUCCGCACCUUGUUGGAAGCGGAAGUCGACGAUGAUAGCGAUGAUGAACGACUUGGCGACCGGUUGUCGGAUGAUGACACCCAAACCGUCGUAUCCAGCACGACUGCCGUCAACGGUGACGAGGGGCAGCAAGAAGAAGCAGAAGAAGAAGAAGAAGAAGAAGAAGAAGAAGAAGGACCCGAAAGCAACGCCGCUUUUCCUCACAGCAAUUUUGUGGCCCCAGAGCAACGGCAGACCCUUCGCCGACAGUCAGGCUAUGACCCUCUCAAGCGUGAACCCUUGUAUGCCGGUGCUGAACUCUCGUCUCUCUGGGAGCUCGCCUUGGCGCAAAACCACUUUCAUCCGACCGUCACCGCUUUUGCUGAUAAGACUCUGCGUGGCCUAAAACUCGACUACAACGGCGACCCACUUCAGGACAUGACCUUGAUCAAAUUCUUGGAUCGCUUUGUCAACAAACAGCCUAAGAAGGUCAAGGAUGGCCGCAACGUGUCGAUUAUGCAGCCGCUGAGUGCUCUUGACAAGCAACAGGGCCAAAAGUUGAUCAAGGCCGAGGAACUCCUUCAGAAAUCCUUGAAUGAGGUUGCCCCCGAGGACAGAUUUCUUUAUCACUUUUAUCAGAUGAAGGGCGUGCACGGACGCGCCAAGCGCAGCAAGGGACCAAUGGAUGAGUUUUUGCUCGACGCCCUGGAGCCCGAAGAGCGAGAUUUUGCUGCCGCUUUCGGUGUCAAGGGCACUGGUGAGGAUGAGGAGGAGGAUGAAGACUUUGAUGACAUCGACGAUGAUGACGAGAACGAGAAUGACGAUGAGGAGGAAGCAGAGGAUGAGUUCUCUCGUGCGAAGAGUAUGCCCGAGUCCGCUGCGUUGGACCUUGACGCAUACCGAGCAGCGCAGAAGGAACAAGGCGCUGAUGCCAGUGAUGACGAGUAUCUCUACGACUACGACGAUUUGCCAGGGCUCGAUGAUGACGGCCUAGUCGAGGACCCUGUGGAAGGUGCUGAGGAUGAGGCCGAUGAUGAUGCUUUGGAGGCGCAGAUGGAAGCUGACCUCUUGCGUGAAUUUGAUGACGACAGUGAUUUGGAUGACGAUGAUGAUGCCUUUGGUGAUGACGACGAUGAAGACGAUGGUGGAGCCGCAGAGGGUUCGUCAGGAGCAUCCAUGUUUGCCUCGGCAGAUGAGUUUGCUCAGCUCUUGGAAGACGACGAUCGAGGCCAGCUGGCACAGGAGCGUGUACAAAAAUUGCGCGAGCAAGUGCUCGGUAGUCGUGCGCGCCGCGGCAAACGCCCCGGAGGAGGAAGUGCCGGUGGCAGUGGUGGUAGCGCUGGUCACGGCCGUGCCAAGCGUAGCGCCAACUCCAAGGCAUCGGGGGGUGGUAAGCGGGCUAAGCGUGGCGGUCGCAAAUAG